AUGCGGGCCACUAACGCCAGCGUUAGGGGCACGCCGAUAGGAGCAAAUGCGAGAGAUCCUAUCGCCAUAACACCUUCAGCGACAACAUGCGGCGGCGUAAUUGACGCGGCAGGCUUGGCGAGCAGAGACGUAUACAAACCACGCCGCGUAUCAGAUGAAUGGGCGGAACCGACGGAGGCGAUCGUUAGAUACGGACCGCGAUCCCCAAUGCCGAAUCCAAUGCCACACAUUGUUAACCUGGGACCGUUUGACACGGCGACGGGUAGCGAGAUGGUGUCAAGACGGCGCAUACUGUCUCGAUCCCGCGACGACCUCACACAGGCUUUCGCCCCUCAAGUGGAGGAGGAAGAGGACGUGUGGUACCAAAAGGACAAACUCUACAAGGAACACAUACAAGAAGUAUUGGACAAAUGGACACAAAUCGACGACGAAAUCUGGGCUAAGGUGAUAGUUUUCGAGAAGAAUAGACGCGUGGCGAAAGCUUAUGCACGUGCACCGGUACUCACAAUAAACGGAUCUGAUGACGGAUUUGAUGGCAUGAGAAUUGGCUUGUGCGGCUUUGAUAAUCCACUGAGAGACCCGAAGACAGAAGAAGUGAAGAAACACAUAGGACAGGGCGUUAAAAUCAAGAUGGACGACGCCGGUAACAUACUCAUCAGACGCUACUCCAAGAGUAGUGUGUUUGUGAAGAGUACAGCAGCCACAAACAACGAAGAGACGGCGAUAGGUCAGGACAUCAUGAAGCUACCUGGCUACUCGUUGGAACAAGAAAAAAUAUUUAAGCUGUUCGACAUGAAAAAGUUCCAGUCCAACGUGAACCGGGAGCUCAGGCGUUCGUACCCGGACCGCAGGAGGCUGGAGACGCAGUGCCUUAGCGCCGUGGCCUUCGUCAAGUCGGACGCCGAUCUCCUCGAGUGCCCCAUCUGGGUGCUCGUCAUCAACGUCGUCGCAAUGGACAUGCUCAAGUCCAAGCUGCCUCCAGUUCAAAGACCGCUGGACAUCAAGAACAGACCGCGCAUCCCGAUCCCGGACGAGGAUCCCUACAGCAUCGCCAGCUCCAACGCCAACGGCUCGGGGUCCAGCGGCAGCUCCGGCGGCUACGGCCUCGGCAACGGCCACGGCAACGGCCUCGGAAACGGCCACGGGAACGGCCACGGCGUGGUCGCUGCCACGCGGGAGCAGCUGAUGAUGCAAAUGGGGCAGAGGAGGGGCGACAAGCCGCCGAAGCUGCCACCGCGCGAGAACGGAUACGGGCCCGCUGAUAUACCCAAGCCGGACUACGAUGACAUCGAUGUGAACGGGCGCGUACCGUCGCAGUUCCCAAGAGGCAAAUCAGACAAAGGAAAGGACAACAAGAAAUACGACGACCCGUACUACUGCGGGCUGCGCGCGCGCGUGCCCAACUUCGUGAAGGCGAGCGGGGCGAAGCACGUGCUGCCGACGAUGACCGAGCGGCUCAGUCUGAAGGAGGCACCGGUGCCGAGCAAGCGAUACAGCGUCGCCCACGCCCACCCGGGGCCCUUCCCGCCCCACAUGGCGCCGUUCGCGCACGCCCCGAUGCCGCCCGCCCUGUGGCACGCCCGCUCGUACGAGAGCGGAAUCGCAGCCGCGAUAGUGUACAUAGAGACUAACCCCCCGCACUUUAACUACGGACUCCUCGCUACAGUUUGUCUUGAUGGCGAAAACUACGACCCCUACGCACUAUACGGCCGCUUGCCUAUUCCCGGGCGCGGAUUCCCGCCGCCGCCUGCACCUCACGCCCGUCAAAUGUUCAUCGGAGAGUGGGAC